CACACGGUUGGAGGAUUUCAAAGAAGGAGGAGCGCUUUACUUUCUCGCCAAUAAAGUUGAACACGGAGGUUCCGGUAAAUAAGUAACAGCGCUGUGGCAGAAUGUACAGGACAGUCACAAACUGAAGGAAGAACUGGGCACAGGCACAGGGAAACAUGGAGAAGUUGGUGGAGACGAACUAGCCUUCUGGCCUGUUUAAUCCCAGCAAAUUCCGCCGUUUUUAAUUUUAUUUUAAAAGGGAAUGAAACCUCGACCAAACUUUUCCCAGCACCUGAAGGAGGCGGCACAAUGGCCGCAUGCCGUCGAAGGAAUCGACCCAGAGUUCUCCUCCUCCUCCUCCUCGGCGUCACUUUAUUCGGGUAUUUCGUGUUUUUCAGACAGCGCUCCGGGGAAGCUGCGAAUCGACGUGAAGGAGGAGGAGAGGAAACCGACGAGAAGAAACGAGAAGUGGAUGAUGAGCAGCUCAAGAAGCCCGUCUACGAGAAGCCCCCCCUGGAUUUAAAUGCCCCGGGAGAGAUGGGCAGAGCUCUGCAGCUGAGCCUGAACGAGCAGGAGAGGAGAAAGGAGGAGGAGAGCAUUAACAGACACCAGGUUAACACGUAUGUCAGUGACAGGAUCUCACUGCACCGCAGACUGCCAGAGAGGUGGAACCCACUGUGCAGGAAUCACAAGUACGACUACAGGUCCCUGCCUACAACCUCGGUGGUGAUCGCCUUCUACAACGAGGCCUGGUCCACCCUGCUGAGGACGGUCCACAGUGUGCUGGAGACAUCCCCUGACGUCCUGCUCACAGAGGUGGUGCUGGUGGAUGACUACAGUGACAGAGCUCACCUGAAGGAGCCGUUGGAGAAGUACCUGUCGGGUUUGAGGAAGGUGCGUCUGGUGCGGGCCACAAAGAGGGAGGGGCUGGUGCGGGCCCGGCUGCUUGGAGCGUCUGUUGCCACGGGCGAUGUGCUGACCUUCCUGGACUGUCACUGCGAGUGCCACGAGGGUUGGUUGGAGCCUCUUCUCCACAGGAUUAAAGAAGAACCAAAAGCCGUGGUUUGCCCUGUCAUUGACGUGAUCGACUGGAACACCUUCCAGUAUUUAGGCAACUCUGGUGAACCUCAAAUUGGGGGCUUUGACUGGCGGCUGGUCUUUACCUGGCACGCUGUUCCAGACUACGAACAGAAACGCCGUCGCUCGCCCACCGAUGUCAUCAGGUCUCCUACCAUGGCAGGCGGUCUGUUCUCUGUGAGCAAGAACUACUUCCAUUACCUGGGGACGUAUGACACGGGUAUGGAGGUGUGGGGAGGAGAAAACCUGGAGUUUUCCUUCAGGAUUUGGCAAUGUGGAGGCAGUCUGGAGGUCCACCCAUGCUCCCACGUGGGUCACGUGUUCCCUAAAAAGGCCCCUUACUCACGCAGCAAAGCGCUGGCAAACAGCGUAAGAGCAGCGGAGGUCUGGAUGGAUGAAUACAAAGAGAUCUACUACCAUCGCAACCCCCACGCACGACUGGAGGACUUUGGAGAUGUGACAGAGCGGAAGGAGCUUAAAGAGAAGCUGGGCUGCAAGAACUUCAGAUGGUACCUGGAUAAUGUUUACCCUGACAUUUCUGUCCCUCAGGAUCGACCCGGCAUGUUUGGAAUGCUGAAAAACCGGGGCAAGGCCAACUACUGUUUCGACUAUAACCCCAUAGACGAUAACGCGAUCGUGGGCGAAAGGGUCAUCCUCUACCAGUGUCACGGCAUGGGCCAGAACCAGUUUUUUGAGUUUUCAGCGGAUGGUGAGAUCAGCUACAACACCAGAGAACCAGCCGGAUGCGUCGUGGGUGACGGCGUGAGUACCUACCUGACCAUCCAGCUGUGCAAAAAGCGAGGACAGGCUGUGCCCAUGGACCAGAGAUUUGUUUUCCGAAAGGAUGGGAGUCUGCUCCACGUCCAGAGCCAGAAGUGCGUCGAAGCCGUGGACAAGACGGACAACGGGACACCAGCCCCCUCGCUGCAGCCCUGCUCUGCCAGCUCCCACCAAAAGUGGUUCUUUGAGGAGAGGAUGUGAAGGGACAAACUAAAAAUACACGUGGAAGUUAUUUAUUUUCAUCCUGAAGCCAAUAUCCAGAAGAAGAUUGAGUGGAUUUAAUUGCUAUUGGAUUACUUUUUACCCCUGAAAUGAGCCCAAAUAAGGACGCCUGUCUGUGCACCUUCCUGAGUUAAACCUGUUCAGGUUGUCUUUGUGCACCAGUUGGACCAAGAGGAAACUGUUCUGACGAGUUCCCUGAAACACACUUUAAAUACACAGAACAUGAAACAUGCAACAGAUUUCACCCAGAAGACUUGAUGGACAGUAUUUGAUAAUCAGCCUAACUACAUUUUUAUAUAAACAAAGGGAUCAAUUUGCAAACGUGUGCUUCCUUCUGAA